AUGAAUUCAUCACAAAUUGAAUAUGUGUAUCAUCUUUUUCCGAACCCUUCUACGGUUGAGUUGAAAUUUAAGAAAUCGGGCGAUCAUUUGAGUUUAAUCAUUCAUCAAAAUAUCGGAGUAGUAUUGCUACAUUAUAAAGGAAAAUCUGUAAAUAUUUUGGAUGAAUAUGUAUUGACUGAGAUGGAUCAGAUGAUCGGAGAAAUUGAGAAAUUAAUUCUUGAUGGUGUUCUACAUGGUAUCAUGUUUUAUAGUUUGAAAAAAGAUAGUUUUAUUGUUGGAGCUGAUGUAAAUAUGAUUUACACGAUUACAGAUAGCCGAAAAGCCAAAGAGCUUUCCAAACAUGGACAAUCACUCACCCGAAGAAUUGAAUUAUUACCAGUAGUUGUAUUAGCUGCAAUUCAUGGUAGCUGCCUUGGAGGAGGUUUCGAAAUUUGUCUUGCAGCUUCUCAUCGGGUGUGUUCUUCUUCAAAUAAGACUGUUGUUGGAUUACCAGAAACAAAACUUGGCCUUGCUCCAGGAUGUGGAGGAUGUGUUAGAUUGCCUCGAUUGAUUGGACUUGAAAAUGCGUUGCAAAUCAUCUUACAAGGAACUCAUGUGGAAACAAAAAAAGCUCUCAACAUUGGAAUGAUCGAUCAAAUAUUUCCAUACUCAGCUGAAGCGAAAAUGCAGUCACAAUCAUCUCAAGAAAAAUCUGAAAGACCUCCACAAGAAGAUAUUGAUUUUUUCCAGAGAUGUUUCGAUUAUACAAGACAACUGGCUCUUGAAAAUACACAAGAACGAGAAAAAAUUGUUUCAGAAACUGUUAACAAUAUUCUAGAGCUUGCAACUAAAGGAAAAGCUGUGUUCAACCAGGAGCCCUCAUUCCAAUUGGAAAAAUACAAACGAAGAACCAUUACACUUUCUGAAUAUUUAAAGGACAAUCCAAUUGGGAGAUUACUGAUCGGAUUUUUUACAAAUACAAGUAUUCAGAAACAAACCAAGGGACAUCCGUACAAGUCACCAUUUCUCAUACUUGAUACGAUCAUGAAUGGUUACACAAAAACAAUUGAUGAGGCUCUUGAACUUGAAGCAACAAGUUUUUCUGAACUCGUUAUUGACCCUGUCUCUAAAAAUCUCAUUUCCCUAUUCAACACUGUGGAGUCAGCAAAAAAGGCUGAAAACUUUUGCGACCCUAAAUACUGCAGUGUGAAGUGUAAAGAUGUGAUCAAGAAAAUUGGAGUUAUUGGCUCCGGAACGAUGGGAGCUGGAAUUGCACAACUUUGCCUUUUAAAAGGUUAUAACGUAUAUUUAAAGGAAGUUGAAUUUCAUUACUUGGAACGUGGAUUAAAGAGAAUUAGAAAUGAAUUAUUUGGAAAAUUGGUUGAAAUUGGCAAAAUGACUGAACACGAACGAGAUGAAAUGAUGCAAAAACAAUUAGAAUCUGGAUUAGAAUAUGAGCCUCUUGAAAACUGUCAAAUGGUUAUUGAAGCUGCAUUGGAAAGAGUGGACAUUAAAAAAGAAGUAUUAGAGAAAGCUCAAUCCCUAAAUAAGAACAUUAUUUUUGCAACCAAUACUUCUUCCAUUCCCCUCACGUCAAUUGCAGAAGAAAGUGAUUUCAAACAAAAUGUCAUUGGACUUCAUUUCUUCAAUCCUGUACACAAAAUGCCGCUUGUAGAAAUUAUUUGUACUCCAUACACCUCACAAGAAGUUUUAGCUCGAUGUUAUCAACUCGCGUUGGAUCUCGGAAAGCUUCCAAUUGUUGUCAAUGACAGUCCUGGAUUCUUAACCACUCGCUUAUUUGCAGUUUAUUGUUUAGAGGCCACCAGCAUUGUGCUUGACGGAGUACCUUUUGAAGAAAUUGAUAAAAGAUUACAGCAAUUUGGUUUUGCUGCAGGACCAUUAAGUACCCUCGAUCAUAGUGGUCUUGACAUUGCCGUUCACGUCAUGCCUAUCAUUGCAGGAAAACUUAAUCUCAAAUUUGAUCAUUAUGAAGCUUUGAGCGAGCUGGUGAAAGGAGGAAAUGUUGGCGUCAAGAAUCAUAAAGGAUUUUUCCUUUACGAUGAAAACGGAAGACAAUUAAGAUCAAAUCCGGAGGCAUUAAGAAUCAUUGGAAAACAUCAAUCGAAGAGAGAAAGAAGAGUUAAUAUUGCCACAAUUAUCGAUGACCUCAUUGAUCGAUGCAUUUUAACGCUGAUUAACGAAGCCUCGAAAUGUAUUGAGGAAAAUAUUGUUUCACUACCAGAAGCCAUCGAUUUGUCUCUCAUACUAGGAUUUGGCUUUCCUCCAUUUUUAGGAGGAUUAUUAAACUUUGCUGAUAGACUGGGUAUCGCUAACAUUGUAAAAAGACUCGACGAGUUGGCAGAACGAUAUGAAACAGUGAAGGCUCCUUGCAGAUUAUUGAGAGAUAUGGCCAAUUCCAAUCACCAUUUCUUCCCUGAAAGAAUGGUCAUCCAUAACAUUCUGGACAGUCAAAGAAAACAAAACCUUAGUAAACUGUAA